CCUGAAUAAGUACUGAAAUCACUCUGCCAAUAACGCCCACGAAGAGAUCGCUCACAGGAACCCUGCCGCUGUCCGGAAAGGCGAAGCUUAGUCACAACAGUAACUUCACAUAAGCUAUUUGCUCCGCGUCUUAGCGAGCUAACUCGAGCUAACAGUCAGAGAGCCGUGCUGGAUGAAGCAGAGCGCGACCUCACAGAGCCGCUGUGAGUCAGAGCAAAUGACUAAACUGGCUUGGUAAUAGGAAAAAACUGGGUUAAACUCGCCCGUUACAGGCAGAUGUUUCCGCUGAAAAUACAAUGCGACAGUAAUUUUCUCAGUCGUAUGUCAGGGAGAUAAACAGGAGGAGCGCGGAUCCAGGUUAUGCUGCCCGAAAGCUCCCAGCUGAGUCUGAGCGAAAGAGAAAAAGGCUAACACACAAAAGCAGAUCUACGCACGCAGACCUUACGGAACCAUGAGUGACUCUCAGGACGCCAGAGACGCCACUGCCACUGCAGGGCUGGCUGGACACUUGCCGGCUGCAGUACUCCUCCCCCCUCGACGGCAUGCUGACGAUGAAGACGACGAUGAUGGGGACCUGAAUAAGACUCUGGGAGUUCAGCGUUUCCAACAGAUUCUUUCUCCUGCGCCACGAGUUCCUGCUGAGCAGCACCGCACCUUCAACGAGGAGGACUUUGAGUACCACCGCCACUCCUCACUACACAUCCACCACCCCCUAUCCAAACACCUGCCCUCCGAGGGCCGAAAGAAGAAAAGUGGACGUAAGAGGAAAUCCUCCGGCCGCAGGAGGGGCUCAGCUAGCAGCGGCGGUGGCAGCGGCGGCACCGCCCCAACUAUAGAGGAGGAUGAGGAAGAAGAAGGAGAGGAGGAGUCCUAUAGCCAGCCAGAUGGAGAUGGCAACACCACCACCCCUACACCUGAUACAGAUACAGAUGCGCACACGGAUGCAGUGCAGUUCUAUAUGUGUGAUGAAGAGUCUGGUAGCUCUACUGUGGUUCGGGGAGAUCUGAGCUCUCCAUCCCGACAGCUCAUCAUCGUUCCUGAGUCAGCUGUGCACUCCAUCAGCAACACCCCGGAGGAUGCCACCAUGACUGAAGAUGCAGACUCCGUGGUUAUGCAGGCCAAUGGCAGGAGAUCCUCUGUGCCUUGUGUGUUCCCACUGAGCUCUCCUGAGGGCAGCUUCAAGCCAGGUCGCAGCUACGACCUGCAGGAACGCCGCCGCACAGGAGACCUGACUGGCACUGAGCUCUCUCGCUACCAAUACGUGCCCACUGACGAGAGUGAGGCACAGAUGCUGGCCACUGUUGAUCUAGAUGGCAUUAAGAGUCAUCGACUUGAAGAUGUCCCCGGUGUGCGACGUCACCUGGUCAGGAAGAGCAGUAAAGGUCAGGUGGUUCACAUCAGCAAGGACCACAAAGAACCCAGCGGCCGCAGCCGCAAACUGGACAGAACUCCACACGAGGUGUUUGUAGAGCUAAACGAGCUGGUGAUGGAUAAGAAUCAGGAGAUGCAGUGGAGAGAAACUGCUCGUUGGAUCAAGUUUGAGGAAGACGUAGAGGAGGAGACGGAUCGCUGGGGCAAACCUCAUGUUGCCUCACUGUCGUUCCGCAGCCUGCUAGAGCUCCGCAGGACCAUCUCACAUGGUGCUGUGCUAUUGGACCUAGACCAGAGGACCUUGCCUGGCAUUGCUCACCAAGUGGUGGAACAGAUGAUCAUCUCUGACCAGAUCAGAGCAGAAGAUAGAGCCAAUGUGCUCCGAGCUCUGCUGCUCAAACACAGCCACCCAACUGAUGGUAAGGAGCACAGCUCGUUCAACAGAAACAUCUCAGCAGCCAGCCUGGCUUCUCUGAUGGUCCAUCACAACAGCAACAAUCACAUCGCCCCUCCAGAACCUUCUGCCACAGAUCCACUUAUAGCAGGAACUGGUGACUCCGACUCACAAACUCGCGUCGACAUUGAGAAGAAUGAAGUACUGCAGGUAAAAGAUACUUCAAUGUCAGGCAUGCACAGGUCUAAAUCAAAGCAUGAGCUCAAGCUUCUGGAAAAAAUCCCAGAAAAUGCAGAGGCCACGGUCGUGCUUGUGGGCAGUGUGGAUUUCCUGGACCAGCCAUCUAUGGCCUUUGUGCGGCUGCAGGAGGCAGUUCUGUUGGAGUCGGUUCUGGAGGUGCCAAUACCAGUGCGCUUCCUCUUUGUCCUUUUGGGUCCCCCUAUUGCCAACAUGGACUACCACCAGAUUGGCCGCUCCAUAUCUACUCUUAUGUCUGAUAAGCACUUUCAUGAGGCAGCGUAUCUGGCAGAUGAGCGGCAGGACUUGCUGACGGCUAUUAACAGCUUCUUGGACUGCAGUAUUGUGCUCCCUCCCUCUGAAGUGGGUGGAGACGAGCUACUCCACUCAGUGGCUCGCUUCCAAAGAGAGAUGCUGCGCAAGAGGCAUGAGCAAGAGGUCAAGCUACAGGCCAAAGAGCCCAAGAGCCCUGAAGAUGAAGCUCUUUUGCCCCCAUUUAAACCCCGAGAUGAUCCCCUUCGGAGAACAGGCCGCAUGUUUGGUGGUAUGAUCCGGGAUGCGCAGAACCGUUACCCCAAAUACAUCAGUGACUUUAAGGAUGCCCUCAACCCUCAGUGCAUGGCUGCUGUCAUAUUCAUUUACUUCGCUGCCCUUUCUCCUGCAAUCACCUUUGGAGGACUUUUGGGUGAAAAGACUGGAGGGUUGAUUGGUGUCUCUGAGCUUAUCAUCGCCACUGCAAUGCAGGGAAUCGUGUUCUGUCUGCUAGGUGCUCAGCCACUCCUUGUGGUUGGCUUCUCUGGGCCACUACUGGUGUUUGAAGAAGCAUUCUUUUCUUUCUGCAAGUCCUAUGGAAUGGAGUACCUCACUGGUCGUGUAUGGAUUGGGUUUUGGCUGGUCAUCAUCGUAGUGCUUAUGGUGGCUUUUGAGGGAAGCUUCCUGGUACGCUUUGUUUCCCGCUUCACCCAAGAGAUCUUCUCCUUCCUCAUCUCCCUCAUCUUCAUCUAUGAGACCUUUGCAAAGCUUGGCAAGAUCUUCAAGGACCACCCUCUCAGGCCCUGCAACAGGACAGCAGAAAAUGAAACUACACUGCAGUUACAUAGCAAUUUUAGUAGCUCUGCGGACACACCUGGAAAAGUCCUGAACCAGCCCAACACAGCUCUGCUGUCUCUGGUGCUCAUGUCAGGAACCUUCUUCAUUGCCUUCUAUCUACGUAAAUUCAAGAACAGUGCCUUCUUCCCUGGCAGUCUCCGUAGGGUAAUAGGAGAUUUUGGAGUUCCCAUUGCAAUCUUCAUUAUGGUUUUGGUGGAUUACAGCAUAAAAGACACCUUCACCCAGAAACUGAGUGUGCCAGAUGGCUUCAGUGUGACCAGCCCAGACAAACGUGGCUGGGUGAUCCACCCACUGGGCUCCGAUGGCCAGUUCCCCAUCUGGAUGAUGGCUGCCAGCAUUCUGCCUGCCUUGCUUGUCUUCAUCCUCAUCUUCAUGGAGACACAGAUCACCACACUGAUUGUAAGUAAGAAAGAGAGGAUGUUGUUAAAGGGUUCUGGCUUUCAUUUGGACCUGCUGAUCAUUGUAGCUGUGGGUGGGAUGUCAGCAUUGUUCGGCCUCCCAUGGUUGGCUGCUGCCACAGUGCGUUCUGUGACCCACACCAAUGCCCUCACAGUCAUGAGCAAGGCUGUUGCCCCUGGUGAUAAACCCCGCAUCCAAGAAGUGAAGGAGCAGAGAGUGACUGGACUUCUUGUAGCAGUUCUCGUUGGUCUCUCUAUUGUGAUUGGAGACGUUUUAAGGCAGAUCCCCAUCGCUGUGCUUUUUGGCAUUUUCUUGUACAUGGGGGUGAUGUCGCUCAAUGGCAUCCAGCUGACGGAGCGCAUGAUGCUGCUGCUAAUGCCUCCUAAAUACCACCCGGACCACACCUACGUGCGCAAGGUGCGUACUCUACGCAUGCACCUUUUCACUGUUGUCCAAAUGGUGUGUCUGGCUGUGCUCUGGGCCGUUAUGACCACUGUGGCCUCGUUAGCCUUUCCCUUCCUGCUCAUCCUUACUGUGCCCCUCAGAAAGUUCCUACUCCCACGGAUCUUCAACCAUCGCGAGUUGCAGUGUCUUGAUGCCGAGGAUGCAGAGCCCAAAUUUGAUGUAAGGGAGGGACAGGACGAGUACUCGGAGAUGCAUAUGCCUGUGUGACCCUGUCCAGGGCUCCUGCUGGUCUCUGACACACUUCUUUGCCAGAGGGGUCCAAAGAUAAAUUUUCAUUCUCACUGAAUUGGUAGAAUCACAGACAUUAUCCUGGCUGUGGAACAGUUCCAGUCACAUCUUUUACUUGCAAUGCACAUUACGCACAACAACAUUCUGACAAGUCAUCUCACGAAAGGCUGUGCCAGGUCAAAUCAGUCACUGCAGUCCUGCUCCCAGGAGCACGAGAUUCAUGCCUAAAGAGUAGUUUUUUAGCUUAGUCUUUAUCGUUUUUUUUUUUGUUUUUUUUUUGAUGGAAGAGCUAUAUUUAUAUCUGUAUUUAACGGUUCCCUGAGUGUCUGUUGCAAGUGGAUCUUAUAGAUCAUAUAGAUCUUACAGAAAUAUAUUUCUUAUAACCAACAUUUUAUUCAAGAUGGUUAGUGUCCCUGUGCAGUGUGAGCUUUGUAUGUUUGUGUUGUAAGUGGGAAGUGAAACCACCAGGUAGCUCAUGUCACAUGAAGCACUUUAUGACAAAUGCUUAGCUACUGUCUACCUUUUUAGCCUUUUACCUUUACAUCUCACAUAAAUCAAGGUGAAACAGCGAAGACUGAACAACUGUAUGAAUAUCUCAAAGACAUUAAAGUAGCAGAGCUGUUUUCAGGACGCUCCUUUUUUGUACCACACAUAAAAAGCACUCAUUAUUUUAACUUGGAUGUUUCUUCGUGACUAUAUAUGAUGUCUCUCGUGAAAAAAUAUGCAAAGCUUUUGACUGCAACACACGGUUAUCUUUAUAUUUAAAACCUAACGUAUUAAAAGACCAGUGUGUUACAGAGCUGUGGUAGUGCUCUACAGUGAAGUCAGCUAAUCACUAAACAUGAAAGUCCAAAUGUUGGCUUUUACUAGUGUCGGUGUGGGCAGUGUGUUUGUUUCAGUCGCAGUGUUUUUACUACUUUGACACCACACAGCUUUGUUGAAAUUAAACAAUUAACAAGCAAAGCAUCAAAGAGGCCUAACAGCUGAAUGCUUAAGACUGAAAUAAGUGGAUGUAAAAUAAGAAUAGUGUAAUUGAUUCAUUUCAAUAGUAGCAGUGUUUUUAAUAGUCUGUAGGAGUAUAACUGAGAAAGAUAAGGGAACUGCCAGUCAGUCCAAAUGAUAUAAUUAUAUUUUGAAGGGGACUGUGGCAUACAUCAUUCCGAUUACUGAGCAAUUUCUGUUAAUUAUUAGAGAUUGUUUAGGAGUCUGUAGGGUCUGAUUGAUUUGAAUACUUGUGGCAGAUGCCAAUACCAAUUUUAGAUUUUUAUUUUAUUCUACAGUUGUAGUUAUACAGUGCUUACUGCUUACUGAUACACUUGGUACGUCUCAAUUAUCACACUUAAAAUCAAAAAGAAACUUGGUCACAUAUAUUGUAGCACUAGUGGUGGAGCUAUGCAGUAUUCUUUGCGGUUUUCUUGUUUUUCAUUAGUUCUUUUCAUGAAAGUUUUUUUUUUUUUUCUUUUUUUUUGUGUAAAACGUUCUCACACUAAAGGUUAGUUUUGGCUACAUUUCGCAUGUUGUAACAUUAACCAUGAUGGUGUUUUGUGUUCAGGUUUACCACAUUUAAACAGGUUUAAACAUUGCUGUUAGUAAUUUAAACUCGUUUCCUGAUGAUGGUGUUAUUAUUUAUUGGCACGUUACUGGUGAUGUUUAUGGCGACACCAAUGAAACCACGAGUCAUCAAUGUUGGCUGAAUGUUGAAUUAUUGGCCAACUGAAAUGUUGGGUGAGCCCUGGUAGUCAGCAGAUUGGUGAUCUUUCAGCAUUUUAAUUAAUUAUGGGCCUCAGUGAGUUCAGCUAUUAACAAGUCACAUCUGUGCAAUAAGUCAUUCAUUCGAUAUGCUGAUCUCUGAAUUUUAGUCUGUAGUGUUGUGCUUUUCUAUAAAAGCAGUUUAAAGAAGCAGCAAAAAGCUGAAAUUGAAAACAUCUAUGCAUUUCAAAGUUUUAUUUUUGUCUUAUCUGUGUUAUAAUUCAUCUCGUCUCUCUGAUUUCACUCUCUGAAAACCUUUCGUUGGGUGGUAAACGAAAAGAACGUGGAUUAAUGAUUACAGAUGCAGUCUUUUUUUUUUUUAAAUGGAAAAAUGACUUGCUCACAUUCCAGAUGAUCCAAAUGAGUUUUUUUUUUUAUUAUCUGUGAUUUAUUUUUUUUUUAAUACUUUGUAAAUUAUAAACUUGUGUAUUUCCCAGUUACUGCCUGAAGUGUUUGCGUUACAACCACCUGAGCUCACGUUGUAGUGCCUUUUAAUAUCACUAAGACGUGCCGGAAGAAACUGUGUGUAGUUGCUUUUGCUUGACGCCAAACGAAAGAUGAUCGCACAAAUGUGAAGCAAAAGUGACCUUGUCUGAUCCUGUACGGAUUAUGUGAGAGAGUUGAGCUGAGAGACUGCUGCAGUCUGUCAGUAUCACUACCACUAACUUCUCUGUGUGUAUGUAUACACAAUGCAGACAAUAAAGCAAUUCAACAUUC